UCAAAUAUGAUACACAAAGAUCAGAUUAUCCCACACAUCAAGGUCUAAUAUCAUCUUCUCAAAUAGAUUAUGUCUGGUCUUCAGUUAAUGUCAUCUCAAACUUCGUAGGUUGUAAGACAGUUCAACUAGCAUCCACUUUAACUGAUCACUCCAUAAUCAUCCUUUAUGUCGAAAACUUCUUGAAGGUUAAAUAUAAUAAAUGGAAUAUUCCUUUAAAAAAGGUCUACGACUAUAACAAAAUGAUCAAGGAUAAAUGGUUAGCCUUCACAAAUAAAACAGACGCAUUAAAUAAUGGUUGCUAUUUACGUUCUCUCAACAAUAAGACAGUAUUUAAUCAAAACAAGUUAAACUAA